AUGGAAUUUCAGAAGAUGCUCGAAAGCCUUCCAUUGUUCAUAAAAACGUUCAGAGAAUUUCAGUUCUCUGAAAUCAAGGAGUACCAGAUAGCGGGUGACGACUUCUUGUUGGAUCUUUGUGGCGUGUGCGAUAUCAUGAAGCCUCUGAUGCUUCUGCUUGUUACUCUUCAAGGUCUCAAUGUUCCCUGUUGGAAACUUGUUUGCUGGUGGCCACGUUUGGAAUCUCAUUUGAAGAGUAUGCUCAGAAAUCUUUCUGUUGAAUUUCCAACGUCUUUGUUACCGCUACUUAAGAAGCAUUCGUCUGACAUACUCUCGAGAAAAUUUAAAGGCACAAAGCUGGUCCAAGGAUGGAAAAUUACCUCGACAGUUUCCAGUCAGGAUGACAAUGGCAACAAAACUACCGUUGACAAUUGGGCUGCACGAGAGAAACAUGAUGUCGAACAAGAUCUGAAGGCAUUCCUAUCUGAUCUAGUAUAUUCAUGCAACAAUCGAAUCAGCAACUGCUCGAAUGAAUUGAUGUCUACCUUGACAUGCUUAGAUUUGGAUACUAUUUUUAGUUUGCUUUGUGGCGAGCACCUCACGAGUGGAAAGGUUAAGCUUGCAGCUGGUGAAGAGUCCCUUGAACGAUAUGGCAAAGAACAAUUUAACAAAUUCUUUGCCUAUGUAUGUUCAUUGGACCAUAUCCAGAAGCUUCGCAGAGAGCACGAAGAAACAGAGUUACUCUUUGAUGCUGUCUUUGCUCAUAUCAUCUUGCAUAAGAUUAAGCAGUCCUUAAAGACUUUCCUAUGGAAACGUGAAGGUGGUUAUCCAGAAACGUGGUUUUCUUUACCGUCAAUAAUGCCAAAAUUGUACGGACCUCUUGUCAAACUUGAGGAGGCAACCAAUACAUAUGAUGAGGAGAAACCAUAUCGUCUUGGCAAUGUAUAUUCUUUGACGUUUGGUGAAGUUACGAAACCCGUCUUGGCUGAACUAGAUGAAGAAGCGGUGUACCACAGCAUCUACGGCGACGAAUGUCUCUUCCAUACCAUUGGAAUCGAAGGAUGUGUCACGAUUGACAUAGCUUUGGCUAAGGGAGGUACCGAAGCAGUUGUAGAAUCAUUCUACAGUGUGAUGAAAUCACAACAAUGUACUGGUGGUCAGUCGAAUGAGAUGUUGUCCCUUAGGUAAGUUAAUUAAUAUGAAGUACGGAUGUACUGUAGAAAACAUUGGAGGUAAACAGAUGGGUCACCUUGAGAUCUUCUGUAUGACUAUAAUUCUGAAAUUGAAAUUUUUAGUACUGUAUGGUAGUAUUUUAAUCUUCAUUUUACAAUUUUAGAACAAAACUCGAUUGGUGCAUGCCUCCAGUUCUUCAGGGAACGCGGGCAGUUAAAGAAAUCACUCAGAUAUAUCUUGAUGGGGACAAAGAGGCAUCACUUCCGAAGCAUGUAUUGCCGAUCCUAGGGGACCGUGCUAAAUUCGUAAAAGAAGGAAAAGUGCUCAAACGUCAGCGUAUUGAAGAUGUUCGCUUACCUUUUCUGUUAUAA